AUGGCCCAGCGACCAUCUUCACCAGCAACACCACCGCCUGGCCGUGAAAUAACCUACACGCUUGUCCACGUUGAAACGCCAAUUAAAGUAACAACAGUACGAGAUCAAAGAACAGGCGCCGUCAUCAGCCGAACCGAAAAGCGCGGUACACCGCGUGAAACUCGAACAGAGAUCACCAAAGGCUCGAGGAUUAGUAUCGGUACGCGAUGCACGGGGCCGAGCGGUA